AUUACCAUAACAUCAAAGAAAUUACAUUGCCAACCAAGUAAUAUUUAGUACAUUUGGCAACGGAGGCCAGCACAACCCUUAGAGUGACAUUUGACAUUAGUCAUUGUCAUUUGUCAAAUUGUGUGAAUUGUCAUUUGAAAAAUAAUUAUCAUGAAAAUCUAUCAUAAUUCAUAACAAUAAUUGCCUAAAAAAGUAAACUUUUAAUGGGGAGCGGCACCAUUGACCAUAUCUCGAAUUGUUUUCAUACAGUCUGAACAAUCCAGAAAAAAAUUAACAUGGAUAUGAACCUAUUGGUAUUUCAAGAACCUCGUGGGGUUAUGAGAAUUCUUCACUUGAUAUUUUCCAUUUGUGCUUUUGCCACCAUAUCAGGAUACACAGGCACAAUAUACUAUACUUGCUAUCAACAGACUGCAGCAGAUAAGUUUGGGUAUCCAUUUCUAAUAGCACUGGAAAGGAAUUUUGUCAAUCAAAGCGGCAUUAUUGCAAAUGCAAAUUCAUCAACUGCAAACUCCCAACCAAGUGAAAAUAUAGUAUGUCCAAUUCAAGUGGUUGGAGACUUCUCCUCAGAUGCUAAGUUUUUUGUUACUACUGGUGUUCUAGCAAUGUUGUACUCUCUUGCUAUCAUUUAUGUGUACACUAAGCUAGACAAUAUGUAUAAAAGUAAUAGCAAGCUACCUCUAUAUGAUUUUCUGAUAACUGUCAUUUUUGGAGUUUUGUGGCUCUCAAGUAGUGCAGCAUGGGCAAAUGGUUUGACUGGAUUGAAAUCAGCUACAAACCCUUCUCUAAAACCUCAAGUUUGCAAGAACUGCACAGCAAUAUCUAGCAGUUUUUCUACAUUAAACAUAUCUGUGAUCUUUGGUUUCCUCAAUUUCUUCCUAUGGGCAGCAGAUCUGUGGUUCAUUUACAAAGAAACUUCAUGGUUCCAAGGAAAUCAGAUGCAAUCAACAGAAGGCAUCUAAUUCUGUCACUCCAAAUAAUCUUAUUGAACUAGUCAGUUUUGCACUUAUUCAGUGUGCCAAACAGAGGGCAGGUUUUCUGAAAAUGUGUAUUGCUACCUAGUUUCUGGAUUUCAUUUUCAAUUAUUACCAACAUUGUUUAUUGGUUUAUUUAUGUUCUUGAAAAACAAAUAACUGUCUGGAACAUAUGCAGUUAGAAUUUGGCAUGUUCCAUAUACUUGUGAACUUUCAGUUGGAAUUCAACUUGCAAAUAUUACUUUAUUGGUAUAAGUCUUUUGUUACUUUUUUAUGUGUUUAACUAAUCUUGAUUGUUUCUGUUACCAGUUGUAAGUUGUAUUAUUAUAGGUAUACAUGUGAAAAAUGCUGAGAAAAAACAACCAUGAAUUUCCAAUAUAUGAUCAUAUCCUAUUAUUUCAGCUGAAAAAUGCAUAUCUAUCUAGGAUGUCUUAUUUUCCAUGUGACCUGUUGUAAUUAAUUAAUUGAUUAUUAAAUUAGCUAUUGUUUUGUUUAUAUUAUCGUUCCAUCCAUACUUUCACUUAAUUUAUUUGAUAUUUUUUCUUUGAAGGCACAAUUUUUAUAAUUUAUAUCAAUUAGCUAUUAGUUUGUAACAAUUCUAUAUCAUUGGAUUGUUUGAAUUUUAUAUAUACUACAUAAGUCUCAACUGCAAAUUAUGUGGGAUACCUUCUGGCAUCACAAAUUCAACCUGUAUCCUGAUUUCUAUCACCAAAAUAGUUUUUAGACCCAUACUCACUCAGCACAUUCCUGAAAUUGUUUCUAGAUAAUCAUCAAUUCAGAAUAUAAAAUAGAUUAGAAUCUCAUCCAAUCAUGAGGUAUCAUGCAAAAUAGGGAUAUUUCAAUUGGUUUCUGUGGAUGUAUAAUGGUAUGUAUCAAUAUUUGUUUUCCAAAACAUGGUGAUUGUUAUUGUUCUUUGAAUUGGAUUUAGCUCUGAGCCACCUAGAUUAUGCCAUACCCUCAGCAUCUUAAUAUAUGUAUACAGGGUGAUAUAAUGCUUCAACAUUAUGAUUUAUAGUUUAUGCAUAGUCAGUUGGAAAAACACAUCACCGCCAGACGUUGGUCCCUUUGGAAGUUCAAAGAGUGCGGCAGCGCGGCCCAACAUUCCUUUGAUGAUCUGUUCAACCAUUGGUUCAACUGACUUUGCAUAAACUUUACACAAAUGUGUGCAGUUUUUACAAUCAACCUGAAUUUAACACCUGGUAUGGACAAUAAUCUAUUGUUAUUAAUAUGUGUGACGUACAAAAAUAAUCACCAUAAAUGAAUAGAAAUUUCAAGGGACAAUUUAAUAUUGUGUUCACAUGCCAGAGGUGAUGACUUUUGAAUAUAAUUUUAUGAAAAUUUUGCAGAUUCUUUUUAAAGUAGUCCCUAGGACAUUGAACUUUUGAACAGUCUGUUUCCCUUUAGCUUGUAUUAUUAUGACAUUAAUAAAGAACAAAUUAU